UUAUAUUGUUACAACUUAUAUUGUUUGAAUCAUUUUGUUUUAUGAGACUCCAAAUGACCUGUUUUCAAAUAGUAUUUUCAAUUAAUUUGGAUUUUACGCGCGUAAUGUGAAUCUCAAGCAUGCAGACGCGCAAAUCCAAUCUCGGUGUUAAUUUAUUUUAAUUGCUUGCGAUGUUAAAACAGUCGGAACACCGACUAGAAAUUGAUAUAUAGAAGAAAAAAAACCCCUUUAUCCGUAUAAAUGAAUAAAAUCUCAGGAAUAAUUUAAGGUUUUCUUAUUUAAAAAUACUAAUAACACAUAAUAAAGAUUUAGCUUCCGUCUAACUCUUUCAAAACAGCCCUGUAAACUUCCUCUUAUGUGAUUCAGCCUCUGUCACAUUUACAGCUAUACCAUUAAAGACACACAAUACGUCCUCUCCAAUCACAUAUCUGCCGGGACAGCUUCAGGGGCAACGGUGGUCCCACUUUUGGCCACCUGCCCCGCGACACCUGGUAAACGAUACGGCCUCCCUGCGCAUGCGUAAUAGCCUGCCAAAAAUCCCAACGCUGUUUCGCCUGUCAACCAAUAGUGUUCCAAUCUGUCCAGAGAUAAAGUCAGAGCAGCGUGGAGAGGAGUGGAGUCAAGUGGAGCGGAAGAUUUCAGACCUGAGCAGCACCGACUUGAAGGAGAUUAAAAACAUGCCGAGGUCGUUCCUGGUGAAGAGUAAACGGGCCCACAGCUACCACCAGCCCCGAUACCUGGACGAUGACUGCAGCAGACUGGACACUAUUCUAUCUCACGUGUGCGCAGAGACCAAAUCUCACGCGGAGUUUGAGAACAACUUGGAGCCGAAGGAGGAUGUGAGCGCCGGCGCUGACAGGCUGUCCCCCGGGUCCAGGCUGCUGUCCCCGGGGUCUCUGUCCUCCAGCUCCCCGCUGAGCUGCGGAGGCAGCGUGUGUGACCGGUCCUCAGACUGUGAUUUCUGGCGUCCCCCGUCUCCCUCCUCCUCACCAGAUUCAGAGAAAUGCUCCACUCCAGCGGCGGAGGACAACCACCACUUCAACAUCCCGCUCUUCCCUUACUCCUGGACGGCGUACUCCGGCUCCGAGCUGAGGCAUCUGGUCCAAGGGCCGUACCAUCGCCACCUCCAGGGCCACAGGGAGCCUCACUCCCCUGGCAGCAUCUACAGUGCAGAGGACGGCGGCGCUGAGCCGCAUUACGCACAGCGGGGCCCGGUAGCCGGAUGCUACCAGGACUUUUCUUCAACGGCCCACCAGAUCCGCAGGAUGCGGGAUGGAGACGAGCUGUAUGUGGAUUUAAAGCAGAAGCCGCGCGGUGCGGAAAUCAAGUCUGAAAAUGACUUCAUCUGCUCCAACAUCGAGUCAAACGGAUCCUAUAAGUGCAUUAAAUGCUGCAAGGUGUUCUCCACGCCUCACGGGUUGGAGGUUCAUGUGCGGCGAUCACACAGCGGGACGCGGCCGUUUGAGUGCGGGAUCUGCGGGAAAACCUUCGGGCAUGCAGUGAGCCUGGAUCAGCACAGAGCGGUUCACUCACAGGAGAGGAGCUUCAGCUGUAAAAUCUGCGGCAAAAGCUUCAAGCGCUCCUCCACGCUGUCCACGCAUCUACUCAUCCACUCGGACACGCGGCCUUAUCCGUGCCAGUACUGCGGGAAGAGAUUCCACCAAAAGUCAGACAUGAAAAAACACACAUUCAUCCACACAGGUGAGAAGCCGCACAAGUGCCAGGUGUGCGGGAAGGCCUUCAGUCAGAGCUCCAACCUCAUCACGCACAGCAGGAAACACACGGGCUUCAAACCUUUCGGCUGCGACCUGUGCGGGAAAGGUUUCCAGAGGAAAGUGGACCUGAGGAGGCACAAGGAGACGCAGCACGGACUCAAAUGAGCAGACUUCGAUGCUUUGGCAUGAAAUCCUGCACUUUGAAUGUACUCUGACUAUUUAUAUGGUCGUGUUUUAUUUUAUUUUUUGUUUGUUGCAUUGCCCUGUCAUUGUUCAAUGUAGUUAAUUAUUUAGCCUGAGAUAUUCUGGUUGAUUUUACGGAAAUAAAAGUUUAUUUAUCGGG